AUGGACAUGGCUGUCAAGGCUGUAUACAACGAGAUGAUCGGCCAGACCUUUGCAGUGCUAGGGAUGGCUAUUGCGAAGAUAUCCCUGGGCAUCUUUCUACUUCGUAUUGUUGUCAAGCAGUGGCAUCGAACCUCCAUCUGGAUUUCCAUGGUCAGUCUGGCGAUUGUCUCCGUGAUGACGGCAAUUCUCUUUUGGAUCCAGAAGCUCCCCUCGGAGUCUAUCUAUGAUCCUCGUGUCCCAGGGCGCCUCGUUGUUCAAGUGACCCCGUUUUCUAUCUUGCUCGGAUCUUGGUGUGCCGCUGUGGACUUUUACUUCGCGCUGCUUCCAUGGAUCUUCAUCUGGAAGCUCAACAUGAAGUUCAAGGAGAAGAUGUCUAUCGCCAUCAGUCUGAGCCUGGGGUUCAUAGCUUGCGUCUGCGGAAUCAUCAGAACCAUCGAUCUAGGUGGACUAUCCAGCUCAAACUAUACUGGUAAGAUACGUCCCCCUUUACAACAUGGUAAACAAAAUCCUCUAAUCUUCCCUGAUGUGCUCUAG